AUGCCUUCUCCCGUAGGAGACGAUUGGUCAGAUUCUGACGAUGAUGCCCUCGAUGAGAUCGAGACCUCUGUGACCUUGGGUGUACCAGAUGGUCAGAUCAUUUCACAAACAGAUCUUUCCGAUGGUGCUGUAUCGCGCUUGGGUGGUCUCCCUGCAUUUCUUACUUCACGUGAACCUUCCUAUACUUCAUCGCAGUGCAAAGUAUGCAGCAAUGCGAUGGAACUUUUGACCCAGAUGUGGUGUCCUUUUGAAGACAGUCCUAUGGAUCGGGCGCUGUACAUCUGGGGCUGCGCAAGGGCGCAAUGCCAGAAAAAGGAAGGGAGUAUACGUGCUUGGAGAGCUUUGCGAUACAAUGCUGAAUAUGCCGCAAAACUGGAGAAGAAGCGAGAGAAACAGAAGGCCCGAGCUGAAGCGGAUAAACAGAAGGCACAGAAAGGGCCCAUCAGUAACCCAUUUUCCGUAAAGUAUCUUUCCCUUCGACACCAGCCAUUGUUAAUUGUCAUCCAGAUGAGUGGCGCUUCAACAGCGUCAAAUCCAUUUGGCCUUGGAUCCCAUAUUUUUAGUGACGCUACAUCUAUCAAGCCGAUGGCUUCAUCUGAAGUUGACGAUGACGCUGUUGAUGAGGGUGGUGAGUCAGACAAUGAGUCCUCAUCCUCUGAGCAAUCUCUGCUCACCGCCAUGACCUCUGCUACCCUGGAGGAUUCGCCGUGGAAACAGACACUUUCAUACCGGCCUCUAUACCUCAAAACAAUUUCCGAAUACAUAGCUCCCGAACCGAAACCCAAAAUUCCUAUGAGUGCUCAAAUAAUCGAGGACAACGAUGACUCAAAAGGGGGUAAGAACACAGGAUGGUCCGAAAAAUACGAGAAUUCUCUAGACGUUGACCUCGUCUUUGAGCGAUUCUCAAAUCGGGUAAAACAUGAAGCUGAGCAAUGUAUACGCUACGAUCUCAACGGCGUACCUCUGCCCUUCUCAACAGACAAAGUAUUCGACCUAUUAUUCCCAGCCCCUACCACUCUCCCACGAGCCGUGAUGAAGGCCGACUUCAUGGUCGUUCCCACAGCCAAACGGACGUACAAUCCUUCGUCGCUCUCUCCCUGUCCCAACUGCCAAUCCAAACGUGUAUUCGAAUGUCAGCUAAUGCCCAAUACUAUCAACGUCCUCCGUGAUGGCUCGACAGACUCGACGAAGAACAUGUCUGAUGAGGAACGCCGGAAAGCUGUCCAAAAGGCGCUAAAAGGCAGUGACGGUAAUCGUGGCAUGGACUGGGGAACUUGUAUGGUGUUCUCUUGUGAAAAGGAUUGUUGUAUGGAAAAUGGGCAAGACGCUCGAGAGGCAUGGAGAGAGGAGCACGUCCUUGUCCAAUGGGAUGUUUGAGGUGUAUGUAGUCGAAUAAAGCUGCGGCGUAUGUUGUCAUCUUGCUCUGCAUCUCAUGUGGACCAGCACGAUAAAAGCAUGCUUCGACAUUGACGGAAAACCAAUACGCCUUAUUUGUAGACACUGCCAGCUGCAUCGAUCUUCAAAAUAAUAAUUUGGACGGCCAGGUGUCUUCUCAUGCAG